AAAAUGUUCUGUACUGAACCCCCCUCAAAAAUGGAAUUUCUCUUGGUGGCAGCUUUGUGUGGAGAGUUGGAUACUGGGCCACGGAGCAAGCACAAAUCUGAAAGCUGCGGCAUUGCUGUGGGCAAGCUAACUUCUCAAUGUGAAGCAAUCCCAUGAUGCAACAUGUGUCCCCAGCACCUGCAGUGACAAUGAUGGCCACCACCCAGAGCGUUCCUCCACCAUCGUACCAGGAGAGCCAACAGAUGACGGGCACCACUCAGCAGAACACUAAGACCCCACAGGUCCAUAUCCCAGCAGCCUCUGCAGCAGGAAAUACCUCUGUCAGUGUGACCCUUGACCCCCAGGCCCAGCUUGAGUCUGACAAGAGGGCUGUUUACAGUCAUUUUCAAAGACAUCCGUUGUUCCCUCUGCUUGCGUUAUUGUUUGAGAAAUGUGAGCAGGCCACGCAGGGAUCCGAAUGCAUCACUUCGGCCAGCUUUGAUGUGGACAUCGAAAACUUUGUGCACCAGCAGGAGCGAGAGCACAAGCCCUUCUUCAGUGAAGAUCCGGAGCUGGACAACUUGAUGGUAAAGGCAAUUCAGGUGUUGCGGAUCCACCUACUGGAGUUAGAGAAAGUCAAUGAGCUCUGUAAGGAUUUCUGCAACCGUUACAUCACCUGCCUCAAGACCAAGAUGCACAGCGACAACCUCCUCCGUAACGACCUCGGAGGACCCUAUUCUCCAACACACACCGGUCUCAGCAUGCAGCAGGAACUAAUUCAGACCUCCUCUCCAUCCAUGACCUCUGUCUCCAGCUCUGUUAACCCUUCAGGGAUUGUGGUGCCCGCCGGGGGUCUGCAACAGGGCAAUGUCGCCAUGACUACCAUCAACUCUCAAGUGGUAUCAGGUGGGACCCUGUACCAGCCGGUUGCCAUGGUGACAUCGCAAGGGCAAGUGUUAACGCAGGCGCUGCCGCCGGGAACCAUACAGAUCCAGAACUCACAGCUUAACAUGGACCUGUCGUCCCUGUUGGACAGUGAAGACAAGAAGUCCAAGAAUAAGAGGGGGGUCCUGCCCAAACAAGCCACCAACAUCAUGCGCUCCUGGCUCUUUCAGCAUCUCAUGCACCCAUACCCAACAGAAGAUGAGAAAAGGCAGAUUGCAGCACAAACAAAUCUAACCCUUUUGCAAGUCAACAACUGGUUCAUCAAUGCUCGUCGGCGUAUCCUCCAGCCUAUGCUGGAUGCCAGUAACCCUGACCCAGCUCCCAAAGCAAAGAAGAUGAAGUCCCAGCACCGUCCCACACAGCGCUUCUGGCCCGACUCCAUUGUGGCUGGAGUCCUGCAGACGCACAGAUCUCAAACAGGAAACAACUCAGACAACCCGCUGAGCAUGGACAGCCUCCAGUCUCUGUCGUCAGACUCGGCCACCCUGGCCAUGCAGCAGGCCAUGCUGGGAGCCGACGACUCCAUGGACGGCACCGAAGAGGAGGACGAAGAGGAGGAGGAGGAGGAAGAAGAGGAGGGAAUGGAGGAGGAGGAAGAGGAGGACGGCGAGGAGGAAAACGACAGGGGGAGGCAGAUGUCUGGAGGAGGAGGAGGAAGGAGAGAUCUGAGCAUGGAGCACAGAGAGGAACUGGAGUAG